UCUCACCAUUGAGAACGGACGGGCCCAGGAAAACCCCAACGCGAAGCGCAAGCAUGGCCGUCAUGAGUCUCCGUUCGCUGGUAGCCGUCUCGGCCCUGCUCCCGGCCGUGUCCGCCGGCCUGGGACGGGAGCAGCCGAUUCCGCCGGGCGCCGUCCAGACACCGGCCCCCAACCUGAAGGAUGCCGGUGCCUUCCAACUCCUGCCGCGCGUGCUCACCGCGGCUCCGGCCCCGAGAGGCAUCCUGCAGAAGCGCGACACCAACACGUGCGGUUAUGUCGAUGGGAACCCGAGGUCCGGAUACAUCUGUGCUGCGCCUGAUGCCGAAUGCCUCUACAACACGCAAGCCUCCGCUGUGGGCUGCUGUCUGACCACAUCAUGUAACAUCUACACGGCCUGCUUGGACUAUACCGACUCCGAUCGCAGCUCGACAUUGAACAUGGACCGGACUAGAUACUGCUCGGACUCGGAUUACCCGUCCUGCGCCGUCCUGAAAUACGCCGACCCGACGGACUCUCUGUACGGCUACACAAUCCCCACCUGCGAUACCGUGCACACGACUCGGCUGUUCUAUUUCGACACGUUGGACGCCACCGGGCGCACGACUGCCCCCCCAACCACGAGCUCAUCGUCCUCGUCCACGACCAACCAGCCUACUACCAGCAGCGCCCGCCCGACUCAGGGAUUCACUAGUGGCGGCGACUCGUCCGGCUCGUCCAACUCGCCCCAGCCUACCGCCAAGUCUUCGUCCACCCCCGUGGGACCCAUCGUCGGCGGCGUCGUCGGCGGCGUCGCCGGCCUCGCCCUCAUCGGCCUCCUCGUCUUCUUCCUCAUCCGCCACAAGAACAAGAACUCGCCGCCCCCACCGCCCGUCAACCCGGCCAUGGCCCCCGCCCCUGGCUACAUGCCGCCCCCGGGAGGACCGGGCGCCUACCCGAGCCAGCCGCCGCCGCCUGACACGGCCGCCGGCGCGCCCGGCGCCUUCGAUCCGCGCUACAGCAUGGCCAAGCCGGCCAUGGCGGCCGGCGUCAUGCCCGCGAGCCCCAUGACCCAGCCCGGCAGCCCGCCGCCGGUGUACUACCCGCAGAUGCAGCAGCAGCAGGGCAUCUCGCCGUCGCCGCCGCCCCAGCAGGGCAUGGGCAUGGGCACCCCGCCCCCCCAGCAGAUGCAGAUGCACACGCCCCCGCCGCCGCAGAACGGUGGAUACGUGCCCUACCCCGGCCCCCAGCAGCAGCAGAUGCAGAUGCACCAGAUGCCGCCGCCGCAGUUUGGGUCUGUUGAGUUGCCCACUCAGCGUGGCGACGGGCAGCUGCAUGAGCUGUCGUAAUGGGGCUUGAAGAGGCCCAGGCAGUGGGG